UAAAGUGAUUGAUAUAUUAUGAUGAUAUUUGAAAUUGAAAUAUUCUAAUAACUAAUUUAAGUCAUUAACUAUCAGACAUCUGCUAUUAAGUUAACAACCUUUUCAAUAAUGGAUAUUUUGUAUCCAUGCAGUCAGUGUUCACAGACUUUUACAUUAAGAAAAGAUAUUUUAAAACAUAUGGAAACUGUUCACAAAUCUAGCGUUUCUAUAAUAUGUGAUGAUGAUUCCAAAAGUUUAUUAAACUGUUCACAAUGCCAUAAAAAGUUUAAUAAUAAUAGUUUGUUAGAUAAACAUUUACACUUAGAGCACAGUAAUUCAAAAUUAAAUUUGAGCAAGUAUAAUUCAAGGCCAUCAAAGAAAAGAGUUAUUCAAAAACUCAAUGCUUAUUUAUCAUUAAAAGAUUGCUUGCCAGAUAAUUAUUCCUAUAAAAUAUUAGCAUUCAAAGAUAUUUUAUAUGGACAGUUCAAAGCAAAAUUUCUGAUUAAUAACAUUGAUAAAGAAUCAUUUUUAGAUUGGUUGGAUAAUUUGUGUAAUAAAACUAAAGUUAACUAUAUAACUGAUAAUGUACCUUCAAUUUCUUUAAAAAAUAUCUAUCGUAAAGUGUAUAAAUGCAAAAACACUGAUUAUUGGAAUAUUAAAUCCAACAGUAUUCUGCAGAACCCAACUAAUUGUAAUGCCAGUCUAACAGUUAUGAUUAAACCUUUAAAUAGAGAACUAGCUCAUCAAUCAAAAGCUGUCAUACUUAUGAAACAUUGUCAUUGUCAUCCUAAAAAUUACUUAACUCCAAUGAAAUCUUUAGAUAUAUUUCAUGUUUAUGAUCAAUUUGUACGUUUAUUAAAAAAUGGUCUAUCAGCAGCUGGUGCACUGCAUAUCUAUUCAAUUAAAAUAAUACAAAAUGAAGGUAAAAAUCAUUAUUUGGAAUUGAUGGAUUCAGGAAUCAAACCAGAUGUAGAAUUUGUCUAUGAGUUGUAUUACCGGCAUAUUAGAAAAUCUAGUUUUUCAUCGCCUUUCAGUAAACGUGUUGAUUCAUUAAUGAAAUCUUUAAAUUAUUAUAAUGUCAGAGUAGGAAGAAAUAGUGCCGCUAUUGAAUUAAUAAAAAACAAUAUUGUGGUUGCAAUUCGAACUCCACUAAUGGGAACAAUAAAUACUGAUACAGUAAUUGUGUGCUCAACUAGUUCAGAUAUUUGUAAAACGUGGUUUAUGUUUAGUGAAACUAGUAAAAAAAUAAUGAUCCCGGUAGGAGUAAUUAUAUCUACUGAUGAUAAAAAAUGUUUGUUAAAAGCAGGUUUAUGUUUAUGGGAAAAGUUAGGAGGUAGGAUCAAAACUGUUAUAGUAGAUUUAGUAUAUACACAUAUAUUCAAAACAGUUUUCCCUAAAGCCACUGUUUGUAUUUCAAAAUUUCAUUUUUUGGUGAGUGUAUGGAAAUGGUUUAUUAAUGUUACAAAUAAAAAUAAUUUGAUCGAAGAGUUAAAUUGUUUUAUUGAAUUAAAAAAAAUAGUAUGUUCAGAAAGUUUUAUUGUUGACCAUUUUAUAGAUACAAAUUUUGCUAAUGUUUUAAUUGAAAAAUAUCCAAAUUUUAAUCAAUUUAUCCAAAGUAUUGAUAAAAACAAUUUUUUAUAUUGUUCAACUAUGUCUACUCAUCCAUGCUCCACAAUUUCUGAACGGAAAUUUAUUUAUUACCAUACUAAAUCACUUUCAAUCUUGCAAACAUUUCAUUUUGUUAUUGAUGAAAUUAAUUUUUUCUACAAAAAUUUGGUUACAGAAAUUCCAAAUCAUAAUCAACAAUUAAUUUUAAAUAACUUCAAAGAAAUUAACAGAGAUGAUAACUGCUUUACUUAUUGUUGUGUGAAUGAAAAUCAUUCUAUGUACUUAGUAGAAAAUAAUGAUGGUGGCAAAUUUUUUGUCGAUAUGGGCAUUGGACUUUGUUCUUGCACUUUAAAUAAUAUAUGUUCUCCAUGUAUCCAUCAAGUGUUUUUAAGUGAACAUUUGAAUAAAAAAACCAUGCACUGUUCAGUAGAUAAUGAUACUUAUGUAUUAAAUACAACUAAUUAUGAUGAACAAAAACAAAAUGCAGAAAAAAAAGAAUUUGAAAACAUUUUAUCUGAAUUUCAAUUUGUUCAUAAUAAAAUAAAAGAACAAUUUAUGAUUGAUCCUGAAUAUUUUAAAGUUGGCAUUCAGAGGUUUGUUUCAACAUGGAAAAACAAUUUAACAUCAGAUAAAUCUUUACUAUUAGCCUGUAAUUCUUUAAGCAAUAUUUACCAAUCAAAUUUAGACGAUUCAUAAAUCAUUUAUUUAUGAUAUUAUAUUUUGGGACUAUAAUUUAUUUGUUAUUUUUUUAACAUAAUCUAA